UGGUUUUGUAGCCCUGAGGGUCAGCCUUGCCUUACUUCCAUGCUUACCCCCCACCCCUUACUUUUGUCCUGAGGGUCAGCCUUGCCUUACCCCAGAGUACAAAAGUCGCUGGGUGCAGUUCUGAGCUGGCUGCCCUUAAAAGGGUGGGGAACAUGGUUGUGGUCACAUAAGCUGCACACGCUUCUGCAGUCCUGCCCUUGGAUCUCGACCUUUCAGCGAGGUACGACACGUGGCGUUGUCUUGGGCUGCUGCCACCGUCCCAGCAGGACAUGUCUGGCUGCCCCUGGCCCAGGGCUGGGCUGUCUGGGAGCUGCCACGCACUUACAACAGUGGGUGCACAGGGAGGCAUGUGCUGUGAAGAAAGAGAUCCUCCGAGUGAGACGGUUUUCUACUUUGAAUCAGUCCGGGGGCAAAAAACGUCUCUUAAGAAGCUGGAAAACUAUGUGGCAGCGAUGGUGCUCAGCGCAGUUGCUGACACGCUGGGCUAUAACAAUGGGAAGUGGGAGUUCCAGCACAGUGGCUCAGCCAUCCACAGGGAGCUGGCAGAGCUAGGGGGGCUCGGCAACUUGAGCAUUGAAGGUUGGAGAGUCAGCGAUGACACGGUGAUGCACUUGGCCACGGCCGAAGCCCUCCUAGCUGCUGGACGUCACCCCAGGCUACAGGAUCUCUACUCUCUGCUUGCAAAGCACUACAAGGAGUGCAUGAAUGACAUGGAUGGCAGAGCUCCAGGUUUGACGUCUAUGGAAGGCACAAAGAAGCUGCGCCCGGAGAAGCCGAACGGCUGGAGGAUCCCGUUCAACCCGCAGGCGGGAGGCUGCGGGGGUGCCAUGCGCGCCAUGUCCAUCGGGCUGCGCUUCUACCACCCCGAGGAGCGGCACACCCUGCUGCAAGUCAGCAUCGAGAGCGGCCGCAUGACCCACCACCACCCCACGGGCUACCUGGGGGCCCUGGCCUCAGCCCUCUUCACGUCCUACGCGGUGAACAGCGUGCCCCCCCAGGCCUGGGGCAAGGGGCUGCUGGACACGCUGCCGCGGGCGAAAACUUACGUGCGGAACAGCGGCUUCUUCGUGAAGGAGAACAUGGAGCACUGGUACUACUUUGAAGACCAGUGGAGAAGAUACCUGGUGAGGAGGGGCAUAUCAGAUGGGGUCUCGUUGCCCACCUUCCCCGCCAAGUAUGGCGUGGAAGAGAGGGACAAGUUCUACACAUCGCUGAGCUACGACGGCUGGGCGGGCAGCAGUGGGCACGACGCCCCCAUGAUCGCCUACGACGCGCUGCUGGGCGCGGGCGACUCCUGGACUGAGCUGGCUCUCCGCGCCUUCUUCCACGGGGGCGACAGCGACUCCACUGCCGCCAUCGCAGCCUGCUGGUGGGGGGUCAUACAUGGCUUCAAGGGGGUUCCCCUGCCCCUCUACGCCCACCUGGAGUACAAGGACCGCCUGGAGAAGGUAGCCAAGGGCUUGUACGAGCUCUAGGCAGGGGGCAGCAUGGGCGCGCUUACCCACCGCCCCUCCCGCUUGCUCUGCAGACCCACUGGAUUAAAGCUUGUGAGCCUUUUCUCUCUG